UUCAAGGAAAAUGUGUGUAAUUUUCAUCGAUUAUUCUUGCUUAUUUUUGUUUUUGAUGUUAUUAUCCGCUCAAUCAAAGGUUAAAAGUUGUUGGCUAUUGCUCAUAAAUGAUAAGUAAAUCAUCAGAACAAAAACUUCCGACUUGGACGGUGCAUGAAAUUAGCUUUCAGCUUGAGCUUGAGCCCGAGUAGCAAGAGUUGGAGUGCAAGGUCUGGCAUGAUUCUUGCUGAGUAGACCACUGGCCCCUCCGACCCAGCUGCAGCUGAAGUGCUGCUCUCCACUCAGCUCAUCUUCAGACUGCUGGGAUGACGUUCCUGCGAGGCUCUCAGAACUAUGUGUGGUGCACGACCAGUGUUCUGGGCAAGGGUGCCACUGGGGCAGUGUUCCAGGGUGUCAACAAGCAAAAUGGUGAACCAGUGGCAGUCAAAACGUUCAACCAACUCAGCCACAUGCGGCCGCAUGAGGUGCAGAUGCGCGAGUUUGACGUCCUCAAGAAGGUCAACCACAAGAACAUUGUCAAACUGCUGGCCAUUGAGGAGGAGCAAGAGGGCCGUGGAAAGGUGAUUGUCAUGGAGCUGUGUACAGGAGGCAGUCUUUUCAACAUGUUAGAUGACCCCGAGAAUGCUUACGGGCUUGAUGAAAAGGAAUUCUUCCUGGUGCUUCGUCAUCUGUCUGACGGCAUGAAACACUUGCGGGACCUGAACCUGGUGCACCGUGACCUGAAGCCAGGGAACAUCAUGAAGUACAUCGACAUCGACGGCUCGACCAUCUACAAGCUGACCGACUUCGGGGCGGCGCGGGAGCUGGACGACGACCAGCAGUUCAUGUCGCUGUACGGCACCGAGGAGUACCUGCACCCGGACAUGUACGAGCGCGCCGUGCUGCGCAAGUCGGCCGGCAAGACGUUCCGCGCCACCGUGGACCUGUGGUCGAUCGGGGUGACGCUCUACCACGUGGCCACCGGGCAGCUGCCGUUCCGGCCGUUCGGAGGACGCAAAAACAAGGAGACCAUGCACGUCAUCACCACCAAGAAAAAGCCAGGGAUAAUCUCCGGUAUUCAGUCGGCGGAGGGUGGCGAAAUUGAGUGGGGUGAGAAGCUGCCCGACACCUGCCAGCUUUCACUCGGCGCCAAGAGCCUGGUGACGCCGCUGCUGGCCGGCCUGCUGGAGGUGGACCAGCAGGUCAUGUGGACGUUCGACAGGUUCUUCGACGAGGUGACGGCCAUGACGUCGCGCCGCUGCGUGCCCGUGUUCCACGUGAACCAGCUGCAGCACCUGCGACUCUACCUGCUCAGGGACGACAGCUACGAGUCGCUACAGUCAGCCAUCACCACUCAGACGGGUAUCAGUCCGACGGGUCAGCUGCUGCUGCUCUCCGGCCAGCCGCUGUUGGAGGUGGUGGCCGCCGACACGACCGUCUCCCGCUACCCGGAUAUCGCCGCCGACCAGCCGCUCGUGCUGUUCGACAAGCAUAAUAAUGACGUGACGCCGUGCCGUCCGGUCCCGCUGCCCAAGUUUCCGACGAUCCCCUCCACGCUGAGUGUGGAGAAUGACGCCAUCCUGGCCAAGAUGGCCUGCAACGUCGGCUACGAGUUCAAGCGGCGCGUCACCAACUACAGUCUGUCCUGCUCCCUGAUGGAGUACGCCGUCAGCAUGUUCACUUCGGUUCUGAAGACGGAGCUGACUCGCCUCAAGGAGAGCCUGGAGUCGUGUCAGCACCUGAGUGACACGCUGCGCCGCCAGUGGUCCCUUCUGGCCACCUCCCAGCAGACGAGCGCCGCUCUGCUGGGCCGCCACCAGGACGGCCACCGGCCGGCGGCUGACGCGCUGUCGCAGCUGUCCGAGCCGCUGCAGCGGCUGGAGCAGACCCUGGAGACGGUGGCGGAGCGGGAGCGAGGACUGUCAGAGACCAACAUCCCCGAGCUGCACCGACGCAUUGUCGGCGAGACGUGUCUGCUGGUGGACUGGCGCGGCCGGGUGGCCCACCUGCCCCCGCUGGCGACGGCGCCGGCCCGCGCCGCCACCUUCACCGCCAAACUGAGGGACAGCUGGCAGCAUCUGCUGAGGGACAGGACGGCUCGCACACUCACCUACAACGACGAGCAGUUUCACCAUCUGGAGAAGAUAAAGCUGACGGGCACCAGUAAGUCGCUGCAGCAGCUGCUCGACGGAGAGGUGGCGCCCACCCGAAACUCGAUGGCCGAGCUGCUCUCCGACUGGUACAAGACGGCGCAGACCAAGUACAUCAAGAAGGAGAUCGCCGCCACCGACCUGGUGCAGCUCGAGUCGUUAGUGGACGAGCUGGGGGACCGGCUGGCCGACCUGCAGGACCGCUACACGGCCUGCGUGCGACCAGUGCUCGGCGGGGGGUCGGGCUCCACCCCACCGCGGCCGGCCGCCGCCGUCACCCGCAGUCCCAAGGUGCUCCGAGAGGACGGCCGCCGACUGGCGUCAGGGCUCGGUGAGCUGGAGGACGCCCAGGCGGACAUCUGGCAGGCGCUCCAAGAGAACGAGCAGCUGGUCAGCCAGCUGCAGAACCUCGUCGGCUGGGUGGUCCAGUCGUCACUGCCGCCGCAAAACAGCGACGUCAUCAUGGAACAGUAGGGUCGUCGUAAGAUCGGUGAUAGUAUCAUAGAUCGGUGAUGUCAACGAUGAGAACAGUGAUGUCAUCAUAGCGCAAUGACUGGUCGUCCAAGUCUGGGCGGCAGUUGCACCGUGAGGUGUUCAUUGUGAUGGUUAAGGGUGCCGAGGGUAUUCAGUACCGGAAACGUUGGGAGUGAGGCCGCAUUGACAGCAAUCGGUGAUCCUCGUAUCACAGCGCUCUACAGCGGGGAUUUCACAUUGGAACCUUGUUUUCUGCCGCUGGGAGGACUCGCAGCAAUAUCAAGAAGAAAUUGCAGAAUGGUGGGUGACUGGGUUCCCCCAGGAUGACGCGCUUGGUGACUGUAGAUAUCAAAUAGUGCUCGAUUGUCGCCCCCAAUUUUUUGCUAAGGACUCUCGCAACGAAUGGACCCGAGAGGACAGGGAUGCGUGGCCUGUGGAGUCCACCGGGACUCAGCGCUGGGGUGCGGUUCGUGGAAGCUCGUAAAGGUCGAGCUGACGGGUGUGUACAAACGGCCAGCUCGGCUGAGCGAGUGAAGAGGGGGUUCACCCAUGCUAGUGUAAUGGUGUCCUUCUAUGGUGUCAGUUCAGCUUGGCGGCAGCUGUCUGUGCGAUCGGGUAAGGGGUGGGAAUGCUUUCGGUAGUUCUUGACGUCUAAAUGAGGUCGGUGAUUAGAUAUAUUUUUCUAUUAGCGACCGACCUUUCGUCUAUUUUUGACAUGUGCGAUGUUUUAGUAGCACUGCAGCCAGUGUCUGCUUGUUUCCAGUAUGCGUGAAUCGAGACUGAGUCGUAUGUUGCAAUGCGUGGUCUUCACUUGUAUGAUAUCACUGCAUUUUCGGGUGCUCCCAGCGUGACGUGCGGUCCCAUUUUAACCACACCGUGUGACGGCACGCCGUCCUGAUGAAGUGUCUAAUAAUAGCGGCUACUGUGGUGUGUGGUUAUCAAAGAUCCCCGGCUCAAUGCGUAGUGCGAGAGGUACGCGUCUUCCCGGAAUCGUGGCGCCUAUGUAGAUUUCGCUCCCCGCGGGGGAGGAGGCGGGGACAGGUGCGGGCUGAUUUCUGACAUGUUCAGUAACUUUCGUGAGUGUUGCUUAGCAAGUGCAAGAGCCUUUUUGGUGCGUGUUAGAUGAUAUCGUAUUCCAAGAUUAAUGGAGAAGCGGUGCCACUAGCGAUUGAUGCCAGUGGUGAAACACUUUGUUGCAAGUUUCUAAGAAUCUAAUGUGAUGCUUUUUAUUCGGAUUAUAGCGCAGCCUACGCUGUUUUCUCUCUGUGAAAGUGUGUCGCCUUGUAUGUAGAUUCUUCAUAGUUGUGUGUGUGCACGGGCGUUGAAUUCGCCGCAGUCCAAAGACAAAGAUUGAAUACAUAUUCUACUAUA